GCGAGCGGGAGUGCGUGGAGCCGCUGCCUGGGAGGGUGGAGCAUCGUCGUAAGGACUGGCCGCUGCGGCCGGGAGGACCAGGCGCUCGCCACGAGGGCGGUGCUUGUGAACGUGAGGGCGAACGCCGCCGUGUGACGACGGGGAUUCUGGGAGGACAGAGUUGGUCGGGGGGACAGAUUUGGUCCGGAGGGCAGACGUGGUCGGGGGGACAGAGCUUGCCGAGAGUGCAGCGCGUGCACAAAAGCCUCCACCCGCGAGGACGAGCCCCGCCGCCCGGAGGACAUCGGUAGCCAUCGAUAUAAACCGGGCCGCUGAUCGCAAGAAGAGAUACAACACCCCGGCAGCGGUGACCACCUCGCCGCCAUGCAGAGCUCGCUGCGCCACUCGCUGCUCUGGAUGACACUGCUGGCGGCCACGACUCCUGGCCUCUCCGACUGCGACCUCCAGCCGCUGGUCGCCACUCGCCAGGGCCUGGUCCGCGGCGGCGUCGGCAGGAGCGACGCCGGCAGGAUCUUCCACAGCUUCAAGGGCCUGCCGUACGCGCGCGCGCCGGUCGGACGGCUGCGCUUCCAGCCGCCGCAGCGCCACCCCGGCUGGGAGGGUGCGGCCGACGCGACGAGGCACGGCAGCCGCUGCCUGCAGUUCGACUACUUCCAGAACUUCACCGAGGACGGCAGUGAGGACUGCCUGUUCGCCAACGUAUACACGCCGCGGCUGCCGGGGCCGCACGGCGGCGGCGGCGGCGGCGGCCUGCCGGUGAUGGUGUUCAUCCACGGUGGCGGCUUCACCGUCUGGGACGGAGACGAGCAGUGGUUCGGACCGCGCUACUUCAUGGACGAGGACGUCGUGCUGGUCACCUUCAACUACCGCCUGGGGCCGUUCGGCUUCUUCACGACGCACGACCGCCACGCUCCGGGCAACUACGGCCUACUCGACCAGGUGAUGCUGCUGCGGUGGGUGCGGGACAACAUCGCGUUCUUCGGCGGAGACCCAGAGGCGGUGACCAUCUUCGGCGAGUCUGCUGGCGGCACGAGCGUCUCGCUGAUGGUGAUCAGCCCGCUGGCGCGGGGGCUGUUCCACCACGCCAUCAGCCAGUCUGGCAGUGCCAUAUCGACCUUCGGCGUCAGCGGCAGGCAGCAGGGAUCGGCCACGAAGUUCGCCACGCAGCUUAACUGCUCGACGGAGGACGUGGCGGCGAUGGUCGAAUGCGUGAGAGAGGUGUCCGCGCACGAUCUCAACAACGCGGUGAAGGAGCUGGGUGUCGCCAAGGUUCACUUUUACCCGCGCGUGGACCGUGAAGCCGACUCUCCGCUGCUGCCCGAAAGCCCGCGCUUGCUCCUGGAGAGAGGUGACUUCAACCUCGUGCCCUGGAUCCAGGGUCAGACUGAGGAGGAGGGCACCUUGCUGAUGUUUGAGUCGCUCUCGGAUCCGGCGGUUAUGGCGCGCCUGUUCGCCGGCAACCUCACGCAGUGGGGCCUCUUCGCCGACCUGACCACCGCCUCCACGUCUCGCAUCCUCGACUGCGGCGCAGACCCGGCGGAGGAGGUCCGCAAGGUCUUCGACUUCUACGCCGGCAACGCCACGCUCAGCUACGACAACCUGCUGCCGCUCGCGCGCGUGGCCGGCGACCGCGAGGUGCUGGUGCCGAUGACGGAGGAGCUUCUCCUCGCCUCGCAGCACGCGCCCGUCUACCAGUACGUCCUCGACCACCGCGGUGCCGGGCGACUCUCCUUUCCGGAGGCGGUCAGUCUCCUCAGCCCAGACCUCGGCCCCACGCACGGCGAUGACCUCCUCUACCUCUUCGCCAACGAGCGGCAGGCGCCGCCGCCCGCCGGCCAUGCCGCACACACCAUGAUCCGCUUCGUCGUCAGCUUGUGGAGCAGCUUCGCCCGCACCGGAAGGCCGCACUCCUCCGUCCUCGCCAUGCCGGACUGGCCGCUCUUCACCGAGAGGAGCCGGCGCUACAUGCGCAUCAACAGCGAACCGUCGCUGGGCGAGCACCUGGGCACGGAGCGCGUGCGCUUCUGGCAGACGGUGCGCGUCAACGAGCCCUGGCGGCACCCCGUGCAGGCCUCCUGCACGGAGGAGGCGGCCGCGGCGCCCGAGGGCGAGAUGUGAGCUGCACGCCCGCACGUGGGAUCGGCGAGGCGCUGGCCUGUGUCUGGCGGCGGCGGAGGCCCGGCUGGGCGGCUGAGAGCGGUUUAGAUCCGCUGGAAGCGGUUUAGAUCCGCUGGAAACUGUUUAGAUCCGCUGGAAGCGGCUUAGAUCCGCUGGAAGCGGUUUAGAUCCGCUAGAAGCGGUUUAGAUCCGCUGGAAACUGUUUAGAUCCGCUGGAAGCGGUUUAGAUCCGCUGGAAACUGUCUAGAUCCGCUGGAAGCGGUUUGGAUCCGCUGGAAACUGUUUAGAUCCACUGGGAGCUGUUUAGAUCCGCCGGAAACUGUUUAGAUCCGCUGGGAGCGGUUUAGAUCCACUGGGAGCGGUUUAGAUCCGCUGGGAGGUGGGCCUAAUCUGUACAUGCUGGAAGUGAGGUGGCCCCGCCCGGAGGCUCCUCUUCUCUCUCCCGGGCCUUACCAGACCAGGCGGCAGUGUGCACAUCCAAUUCCCACUUGCCCACGAGCUGCUCUUGAUCUGUGCUGCUACGUGGCCUUCACAAUCCCAUCGAGUUUACCCUCCCGUCCGGUUUUAAAAGGCGCUUCGCUGGCUGCUGUUGACAGGUUUAGCAUUCUGGUCUGCAUUCUGGCACAAAUGCGAUCAGGCACAGACGCCCAUUUCGAAUGUCGCCCAUAGCGCAUGCGCGGUAAUCGACUUCGCUGAACACGCUUGGGGAGUUCCCAUUACAAUCUUUGCGUGCCUAUGGCGCACGCAGAGCGUGUGGCGCCAUUCUCAGUCAAUUCUCCUCACAACCGAGAUAUAAUAUACCCUAACUGAUCUGUUGUUCAGAUUUGCGCUCAAGAAAAUACCAGAAGCUUUGUCAAGGACAAUAAGCCAGAUGGAAGCCAGAAUGAUGACACGAUUUGGUGCUGCAUUAGGUCGGCACGUCCCAAAUGAGCUUAGCAUUAUGACUCACAGUCCACAGGCUAAAUCCGCGUUUAAUUUGUGGCAGUGAGCAACUCAACCGACAAAAAACCCGAAGCGGAUUACCUCCGUCGUCCAGACGGAAGCGGCAGAGGCAGUGACAUGAGGCCGUCAAAUUUGCAUGCGGGCGUAAA